AUGGCUCUUGAAAGUACGGUCGAAUUAUCCGAGAAGUACGAAGCAGUUAUGGUUCUCAGUGGAGUGGGGGGUGCUCUAGGUUAUAAGAAUGGUUUGUUGGAACUCUGUGAAAGUCGUACUCAAAUUCAUGAAAAACUCGGAGGACUUAAUAAAAUUGACAUUAAAGGAUGGAGGGUUAGUGACGACACUGUACUACACAUUGCUACAGCAGAAGCGUUGGUUUCUGAAUGGGCAACAACGGAAGAGUUAUUGUGCAUUAUGGCUUCAAAGUACAAGAAGACAUGCGCUGAGGAUAUGUGGGAAAGAGCUCCUGGGCAGACCACAACAAAGGCAUGUUUCUUGUUACAACCUCUUGAGGAAAAAGGUUACAUUAUACCAUAUAAUGAACGAGAUGGUGGAUGUGGUGCAGCUAUGAGAUCCAUGUGUAUAGAUAGUGACAGUACAGAUAUAUUGGCUAUAGCUUGGUGGGGUGGUAUGUAUGGUAUGAAAGGGGUAUCCCUUGGAAAUUGUAGGAAUUUGGAAUAUGGUCUUAAGCUUAUGGAGCUGGGUGAAAAAUUACUGAAUGUAUCAAAGAAUAUGAACAACUAA